UCUGUGGUCGCACCAGUCGUCAAAUUUCUAGUGCUAUACAAUUUUGCUGUUCCGCCAAAGUACAGAGUCAUCUAGAUUUGAUAAAAUGGCAGAAGGCCAAGAAGAACCAAAAAAGAUUACAAUCACAGUAAAAACGCCGAAAGAAAAACAACAAGUUGAAAUCGAGGAAGAUGCGGAUAUCAAAAAACUCAAAGAAGUUCUAUCCCCAAAAUUUAAUGCGGAGCCAGAGCAACUGUGCCUCAUUUUUGCUGGUAAAAUCAUGAAUGAUGUCGACACCCUAAAGCAGCAUAAUAUCAAGGAUGGUUUGACAGUUCAUCUAGUGAUAAAGACUCCACCGAGACCGGAACCUGAGGGUGCAACUCGUCGUCCACCAGCCGAUGUGGGUGCUACACCUUUUGGAUUGAAUUCUCUUGGUGGUCUAGCUGGUUUGGAAAGCUUAGGUCUCGGACAGAGCACUUUUAUGGACCUGCAGGCAAGGAUGCAGCAGGAAUUAUUGUCCAAUCCAGAAAUGUUAAGACAAGUCCUGGAUAACCCACUUGUGCAGCAAAUGAUGAAUGAUCCGGAAAACAUGAGAACACUUAUAACAUCUAAUCCACAAAUGCAGGAUCUUAUGUCUCGUAAUCCAGAAAUCAGUCAUAUGUUAAAUAACCCAGAUCUAUUGCGACAAACAAUGGAAUUGGCCCGCAACCCUGCUAUGCUGCAGGAGUUAAUGCGUUCUCACGACAGGGCCCUUUCCAAUCUUGAGAGUAUACCAGGUGGAUAUAAUGCAUUGCAACGGAUGUACCGUGAUAUUCAAGAGCCAAUGUUGAAUGUAGCCAGCAGUAUGGCUGGGAAUCCAUUUUCAGGACUUGUUGAUAAUUCGGACGGUACAAACCCCCAGCAAGGUGCGGAGAACCGUCAGCCCUUACCAAACCCCUGGCAACGAGGGGGUGGUGGUAGUGGCAGCGGAUCAACCACUGCUUCUGGUGGUGGAACUGGUCCAGGGCUGAUCAACACGCCCGGCAUGCAGUCGCUGCUGCAGCAGAUGUCGGAGAACCCUCGGCUCAUGCAGUCCAUGUUGUCCGCACCAUACACCAAUAAUAUGCUUCAAGCGCUGUCCGCCGAUCCGGAAAUGGCAGCACAGCUCAUAAAUCAGAAUCCAAUGUUUGCAAACAACCCACAAUUGCAAGACCAAAUCCGCACCAUGAUGCCACAGAUGCUUGCACAACUACAGAAUCCUGAGAUGCAACAAAUGAUGUCUAAUCCUCAAGCGUUGAACGCGCUGCUCCAAAUCCAGCAAGGCAUGGAGCAGCUGCGUGCGGCGGCGCCGAGCCUCGUCAACAACCUCGGGUUCGGUGCCGCGGCCGCUACCGCCGCGCCGCCCGCCGCGCCAACCGCGCCGACCGCACCGACCGCACCGGCAGCGCCCGCAGCGGGUAACGCACCGCCCCGCCAGCAGCAGAACACGGAGCUGUUCACACAGUUCAUGCAAAGGAUGGUAGCAGCAAUGUCCAAUGAUCAGAACAGCUCCAACCAACCUCCCGAGCAGCGUUACUCGCAGCAACUCGAACAACUCGCCGCUAUGGGAUUUCUCAAUAGAGAUGCUAAUUUGCAAGCAUUAAUUGCAACGUUUGGCGACGUGAACGCUGCGGUGGAAAGGCUACUUGCACUCGGCCAGUUGUCCAUGAGCUAACAUACUCGCACCCCAACAAGCAACUAUCGACCCGCAUACUUCAUGGCUUUGAUUACACAAGUAUCAAAAUGAAAUAAUGAAAUGUACUGCAAACGAAAUGACGUACUCCAAGCCAUGGUGUAUGAUCAAAAUAUAUGGCAUAUUAUGAGGUUGAUUCUUUACUACGACUAUCAAAAUAUUAUUGAGUUAAUGUUAAUAUAAUUAUCGAAAUCCAUUCCUUUUCAUUUUAGUUACUAGACACUUUUCCUUGAGAAUAUCUAUUAAUUGGACGAAAAGUACUUUUAUUUCAAACCAACGUUAAAAUAUUUAAAAAAAUCUUUUUCUGUUAUAAUUUAUUAUUGUGUAACGGUUUCUGUAAACAGUGAAAGUUGUGUGUAAAUAGCUUGUUUUGGAUGAGACUAGAGAAAGCCACGCAAUAAUUACAUAUAAAGGUUAAUGUGCUAAUGCUUAUGUACAGUCUUUGAUGUAAAAUUUGCUUUACAAUGUGUCAGUUUUCAAAUUAUGUACAUUUAUAAAAUAUACUCUGUGCUCUUAUUACAUUUGCACUUCGUUUUAGUUUUGAAUUAUUUACUGUUAUGCUUUUAAUGACUAUUUCCUUAUCUGUAAAAUUCAUAUUAUAGAAAUUAGGUAUAAUUUUGUUUAGCGGCUUUAGCAAAAGGUGAAUGAUACAAAUAUGUUUACAGAUGAGUGUGUUUUCAAGGCGUUUUCAAAAUGGUGUGUUGUACAGUGUAACUAAUAAAAACGCGUUAUUUCAGAACGCUGUUUUGCUUUAAUUAUUUUUCUUAUGGUGGUAGAACUACAAUUCAGCUGUGUGCUCUAAUUUAUAGAAUUCUAGAAAAUUCUAUUAAAUUUAAGGUCUUUAAACUAGAACAUACUGUUGCUCAGAUUUAUUGGGAAUUUUGUUGAUUUGCCUGGAAUUUUAUAGAAUAAUUCUAUUAUAAGAAUACUAAUACUGUAUCAUUAAAGUUUAUUAUAAAAAAAUAAAUUAAAAACUUUUGUUAUUGUAUUCGUAAAUUGUUUUAGUGAAUAAAAGUGUUUAGUUUUAUAACUAAUACACACGUCUUGAGUGUAUUUUAAACAGAAUGCUCUACUUAAAAUCCUACUUUUUAGGAUUUUAAAAGGUAAAGAUAAGCGCAUGCUUUCUUAUUUUUGUUUUUUUUUCGGGCGUAUUACUUGAAAUAUCAAGUGACCGAUGUGUAAUUAUUUGUGACGGAAUACAAUUGCAAAUAUAUAAACGAAUGAAA